AAGGUGUAAAAGCCCCAAAUUAAUAAGUAAUUUAAAUAAAUAUACAAAACAUCCUAACUUGGAACGACAAAUCCGCUUGACCCUGUGUUGCUGGUGGAGGAAGACAUGCAGCAAAUGAUCGAGGCCUGGAUUCGAACCUACGACCGCUGCAACGAGGACUGAAGCAUCUACAUGGGGCGCGCUCAGACAGCAACACCAGAAACAGACUGAAACUAAUACUGAAGUUUCUUUAUGGCCUUUAUUCAGAGACUGUUCACUAAAAUGAGUGACCUAAGCGCUGCGUUCACCACCGUGCACGUGUGUGAGUUCUUUAAGGAGAAAACGAGUUGUGCAACUCUUAUUUGCCUUCUCAAACAUUAGACGGGAUCUGCCCUAACAGACACACACUGUACACACACUCAACAAGCUCUCAUCUACUGUUAUGCACACACACAGGUAGCCCUCCUCCUGUCACCUGGCUGAUCAGAACACACGCAGCAGUUAGUUUCCAGCUUCUGAAGAGAGCAGAGAGGUGAGAGAGACAGCAUGUAGAGAGACAGUCAGUUGUGUGAGGUUUCAUCAUGUCCAUCACCGUGAAUCUGAGGAGGAUCUCUAACCUGCCGGGGAGAUACGACAGGAAGGUCGAGCUCAGCUUCAGAGGUUUCACUCACAAAACCCGAGUCCUGAAGUGUGAGAACGUGGCCAUCUUCAACGAGCAUUUCCGAUGGCCUCACUACGGUAAGGUGAUCAGAGAAGAGGUUUUAUCCGUCAGCGUUUACAACUGCAGCAAAGUUUUCUCUAACAGAUUACUGGGUAAGCUGGUCAUCAGUCUCCAACAUGUUGUUACCUCAGGGAGGCUGCUGCUACGGGAACCGCUCACCGAUGCCAACUACGGCCUGACUGAUAUUUAUAUAGAGUUGGAUAUUCGGUAUCAUCCUCUUGAGGGAACAGCAGGAGGCUGGGAGGGAGGCGACUUCCUGAAAGUUGAAGACAAAGACGAGUCAGAGCUGGUCAUCAGGAAUGAAGGAUUUGAUGAACCUGACAGUCAUCUAUCUUUCGCUCGCCCAGGCCAGCUGGAGAGGGAGGUUCGGCGUCUGGGCCGAAGCUUGGUCAGGACAUCAUCUGGAGAAGAUGACGAAGAUGAAGAUGAUGAGGAUUUUGAUGAUGACCUGAUGGACCUGGAGGCUUCAAACAUCAUCUUCACUCCUCUGCUCAGUCGUAGCAGGCCCAUGUCCAAAAAUGUUAAAGUAGCAACACCCAGAGUCAAGAGCUUCCAGGUAAACGUAAACAUCCUGGAGGCUCAGAAGUUGGUCGGCGUAAACAUCAACCCUGCGGUUUUCAUCAGAGCGGGAAAGCAGAAAAAACGCACAGCAACACAGAAAUCCACCAACUGUCCUUUUUACAACGAGAACUUCCAGUUUGAGUUCCAGGAGGACCCGCAGAUCCUCUUUGAUAAAGUCAUAGAGAUAAAGGUGUACCACAGGCGGACUCUGGCCUUCCUGAUGACCCACAUCGGAACCUUUAAAAUCGACAUCUCCACCGUGUACAACCAGCCAGACCACCGUUUCUACCAGAAGUGGGCUCCCCUCGUAGACCCAGCGGAUACCAGGUCAGGAAUCAAGGGUUACGUCAAGGCCACCCUCAACGUGCUGAUGAAGGGAGACACUCUGAGCAUGCCUGGUCUGCCUCCGUCCUCGUCUGGAGCCAGCGAGGACAUAGAGAAGAACCUGCUGCUUCCUCGUGGUAUUCCUUCUGAACGUCCAUGGGCUCGAUUUCGGGUCCGGAUCUACAAAGCAGAGGGUCUUCCCACCAUGGACGCAGGGCUCAUGGCCAAGGUGUCAAAGGUCACGGAUAGAACUGUCUUCAUUGAUCCCUACGUGAAAGUGACCUUCGCUGGACAACAGGGUGAGACACUGGUAGCUAGCGCCAACAGCAGCCCAGUCUGGAACGAGGAGAUCUCCUUCAUUGAGCAGUUUCCUCCGAUGGCUCAGCGAAUCAGAAUCCAGAUCCUUGAUGAUGCAAAGAUGGGAGACAUUGCCCUUGCAACCCACUACCUUGACCUGCAGCAGAUCUCAGACCACACGAGGAACGGGUUUAACCCCACCUUCGGUCCAUGCUGGGUCAACCUGUACGGUUCUCCUCAGAACUCCACCCUCGGAGACGUCCACCAGGCUUUGAACCAGGGGCUUGGUGAAGGAAUCUUCUACCGUGGUCGAAUCCUGAUGGCUCUCAGUGUGGAGGUUUACUCCUCCCCCUCUGCUGUCAUCACAGAUCCAGGCUCUGCUGCUCUGGGAAAGAUGAAAGGAGCCCUGGGGAAAUUUGGACUGAGGAAGAAGAGGGGCAGCAAGGGGGACAAGAAGGAAGCACCUAGUGCUGGCAGUGGGUUGGCAGAUGAGUCAGGAGAUGCUGGAGUUGAGGUACCAGAAGCAGUCACCAUCGAGGUUGAGGAGAUCCAUCCACUCCCUGAGGGUUUUCUUGGAGAGAGGGAGGACUUCCUGUUGUUUGCAUCUCUCUUUGAAGUCACCAUGAUGGACCCAUCCAUAGCAAACAGACCGGUGACCUUUGAACUCUCCAUAGGGAACUACGGGAAAGCAGUGAGGGUUGUGAAAUCCAAGAAGAGCCAGAGUAAGGAGGAGCUGAGGAUGAGCAGAGAGGAGCUGAGGAUGAGUAAAGAGGAGCUGAGGAUGAGCAAGGAGGAGCUAAGGAUGAGUAAGCAGGACCUGAGGCAGAGCAAGGAGGAGCUGAGGGCGAGUAAGGGAGAUCUGAACGAAGAGACCCAGGCUCUGCUGGAGUCCGAGGAGGAGCUGGACAAAGAGGAGGUGCUGAAUCCUGAAACUGAGAACAGAUCGUUGUCGGCUGCGUUUAGGACUGAACCCACCGAGUUCGACAGGUCUUUCCAGUGCAUUCCUCUCCAGCCACCCUCCGCCAAACCGAAGCCUUGUCUGUUUGUCUGGAGUCAGUUUGAAGAUCACAGCUUCCGUCUCUAUCAGGCUAACUUGCUCAGCAAGAUGGCCGACCGACUGGAGAUCGGUCUGGAUGAGGUUGACCGUCUGUUGAGAAGGCCAAGGAGUAACGUCAAGGAGCGUUUGUUGGAGGUGUUGUUGGAGUUUGUGACCUCCUGCAAACAGUUUAAUGGAAUCUCAGACAGGAGGUCUCUGUCUCGUCCCAACAACCUGGACAGGUGCAGGAGGACUUUCAUCAAGAAGAAUUUGAUCCUGCUGGCCAGACAGGGAGUGAAAGCCAGGCGGAGGAUAACCAGACGGACGGCCAAACAGCGUCUGAUUGACAGCAGGAGACUCCUUAAGAAAAUUCGCUUCCUGGCCAAAGAGCCCCAGACGACUAUCCCUGACGUGUUCCUUUGGUUGCUAACUGGAAGAAAGCGAUUGGCUUACGUCAGGAUCCCCGCCCACUCCAUCUAUUUCUCAUUGGUUGAAGAGCAAAGAGGGCGGGACUGUGGGCGACUCACCACCCUCUACAUGAAGUCUCCGGGAGGUUCAGCAGGUGACAUCUUUGCGAAGCUGGAGGUCUACCUGUGGCUUGGUCUUGCGAAGUACAGCAAAGAGGUCACCGACUGCUUGCCGGAGGAGUUUUUGCCGGUUUAUGAAGAAGAGGAGGAAGAGCAGAAGAGGCUGGUCCAUGCAGGGAAGAGGAAGCUACCCAUAAAUCUGUCCUGCCAAGACAGCAGGUACUUCCAGCUACGAUGCCACCUGUAUCAGGGGCGUGGCCUGAUAGCUGCUGAUGACAACGGCCUAUCGGAUCCCUUCGCCAGAGUCAUCUUCUCCACACAGUGUCAGGUCACCAGGGUUUUGUCGAGCACCCUCUCUCCUGCCUGGUGCGAGUGUUUGUUGUUCGACAGAGUUCUGCUGGAGGGAACGAGGGAGGAUCUCCAACGAGACCCUCCUCUAAUCAUCAUCAACAUCUACGACGAAGACGCCGUGGGGAGUCCGAAGCCUCUGGGUCGAACCUUUGCUGAGCCAGAGAUUAAAACUGUGGAGCAGUACUACCAGAAACCUCACCUUCGCUUCUACGACGUCACGGUGGGGAGGCAGCCUGCCGGGGAGCUGUUGGCUGCCUUUGAGCUCAUUGAGCUGGACUACUUCAAGUUUGGAGAGCCCCGACUGCCAAGCAGUGUGGACCCCCAGGAACUGACGUACCUCGAAGAACAGAGAUGCUACAUCAUCCCGCAAGGAGUCCGACCCGUACUGAAGACCUUCAGGAUCGAGGUGCUGUUCUGGGGUCUGCGGGAGCUGAAGCGAGUCCAGCUGUUUGAGGUGGAGCGCCCCAUGGUGAAGGUGGAGUGUGCAGGAAGUCAGCUGGAGUCUGAGGAGAUCGAGAGCUACAAGACUCACCCUAACUUCAAGGAGCUGGUCCUCUACAUGGAUGUGGAGCUGCCGGAGCAGGCCUACCUCCACCCUCCUCUGACGGUGUUUGUGGUGGAGAAUCGAGCCUUUGGUCGGGUCGCUCUGGUCGGGACACACGCGGUCCAGAGCCUCAUGGCUUAUGCCCCUGAUGAGCCUGAGGAGGAACCAGAGGAAGAGGAGGAAGAGCCAAAACCACAACCAAGAGCAACCCAGAAUUCAAUGACCCUCAACCCUCUAACCACAAUGAAGAGUAUCGGACUCAGCGGCCUGACGCUCCCUACGUCAAAGAUCCCCAUCAACCCAAUGAAACUGCUUAACGCUCCUCUGAAGAAGCAGUUGGACAAUGGGGAGGAGCUGGAGGAGGAGCCACCUGACCAGGAGGAGCUGGACUGGUGGUCUAAAUACUACGCGUCAGUGCAGGAGAUGGAGAGACAAGCUGCUGAGGAAGAGGAGAGGGCAGAAGCUGAAGCAGAGACAGAUGGAGCUCAGCUGUCGAUGGAAAACAUUGAAGAGGAGGAGGAGGACAUCGUGGUAGUGGAGAUCGAGCCUCCCAAACGCAAGACAAUUGCCAUCUUAAAGCUGUAUGGAGGUGAUCUGGAGUCAGAGUUCAGUCAGUUUCAGGACUGGCUGAAGAUCUUCCCGCUGUAUAAAGGCAGAGCGAGCACUGAGGAUGAUGAUGAUGAUGAAGAGGAGAGGCUGAUGGGAAAAUACAAGGGCUCCUUUCUGGUUUAUCCGAUUGACUCAGGAGAUGAAGAAGACACAACCUGUCGAAUCACCAAUGGGAUCCCCAAAAAUUCACCAAUCAAAGUUUUGGUUCGGGUCUAUAUCGUCAAGGCCACCAGUCUGACUCCAACAGACCCCAAUGGUAAAGCAGACCCAUAUCUGGUGGUCACAGUUGGAGAGCAGAGUCAGGACACCAGUGAUCGAUACAUCCCCAAACAGCUCAACCCUACGUUUGGAGAAGUGUUUGAAUUCAACAUUUCUUUCCCGCUGGAGACGGAUAUGAUUGUUGAAGUGUACGACCAUGACAUGCUGGGGUCUGAUGAUAUUGUCGGAGAGACACGAGUCGACCUGGAGAACCGGUUCUACAGCCGCCACAGAGCCAGCUGUGGUCUGGCUACCUACUAUGAUGUUGACGGUUACAAUAAGUGGCGGGAUUCAAAGAAGCCGUCAGCCAUCUUGGCUGAACUUUGCAGAAAGAACGGCAUCAUGUCUCCAGAGUACAGAACAUCUGAGGUCAAAGUGCUCAACAAAAUCUUCAAGAUCCCACCUGAUGCAGUACCUGAAGCUCUGCUGAAGAAGAACCAGCGGACUACAGAAGAGGAGGCAGAGAUGGAGGAACAUGCAGCCCUGAGCGUGUUGCACCGCUGGGGGGAGAUGAAAGAGUUCAUCCCAGGAGCCGUUCAUCUGGUCCCAGAACAUGUGGAGAUCCGAUCCCUGCUGAACCAGGACAACCCUGGACUGCCACAGGGUUACCUUCACAUGUGGGUGGACAUGUUUCCCACUGAUAUCCCAGCUCCACCUGCUAUUGACAUCAAACCUCGCAAGCCUGAACAGUACGAGCUGCGUGUUAUCAUCUGGAACACGGACGAUGUGUUUCUUGACGAUGUCAACCCGUUCACCGGUGAUCCCUCCUCAGACAUCUACGUUAAAGGAUGGGUAAGGGGACUGGAAGGAGAAAAACAGGAGACAGAUGUCCACUUCAACUCUCUGACUGGAGAAGGAAACUUCAACUGGAGAUUUGUAUUCCGCUUUGACUACCUUCCUACAGAGAAAGAGGUGGUGUAUAAGAAGAAGGAGUCCUUCUUCUCUCUGGAGGAGUCAGAGUUUCGACAGCCGGCUGUCAUGUCAGUUCAGGUGUGGGACUACGAUCGCAUUUCAGCCAACGACUUCCUGGGAGCCAUCGAGUUGCGUCUCAACGACAUGGUGCGACCGGCGAAGACAUCGGGAAAGUGUACGAUCGACAUGGCAAAGGAUCGUGCCAGCCCUCGAUUCUCCAUCUUUCGUGCAAAGAAGAUGAAGGGCUGGUGGCCGCUCACCCGCCUGAAGACAGCCGAGGACUUUGAGAAGGAGGAGAAGGAAAGGGAGGAGGCCAAGAAAAAAGGAGGCAAGAAGAAGAAAAAGAAGAAGAAGGACAAGAGGGGGAAUAUGAAGAAGGAGGAGCUUGAGUACAUCGACAGCAGCGGCAACACCUACAUGCUCAUGGGGAAAGUGGAGGCAGAGCUUCAGCUGGUGACUUUAGAGCAAGCUGAGGCCAACCCUGUGGGACGAGCACGCAAGGAGCCUGAGCCCCUGGACAAACCAAAUCGUCCCACCACCAGCUUCAACUGGUUUAUCAACCCGCUGAAGACCUUCAUCUUCCUCAUCUGGAAGAAGUUCAAGAAGUACAUCAUCGCUUUAGCCAUCCUCGCCGUCCUGACCCUCUUCCUCGGCCUCAUCGUCUACACACUGCCGCAGCAAAUCUCCAACCUCAUGGUCAAUGGAUGAGGAGAAGUGGGUUAAGAGUCUUCAUCACUCCUGCUGGACUGCCUCAAGUUUCUCCCCCUGAACUAAUCCAGUUUAAGAUCACCUGAAGAGGACAUUACUGAAUAUUCAUUCAUAUACAUUCAUAUAUCUAUAUAUCUAUAUAUCUAUCUAUAUCUAUCUAUCUAUCUAUCUAUCUAUCUAUCUA